GUGUCAUCUGAGCGUCGGCGGGGAAACGGCGCCACCCAACCGUCGAUGCAAGAAACGACACAGAGGCGGGCAGUGCGGCCCCACAGCGGCCCCUACUGGAGGAAACGCGUGCAGCCCUACAGCUCUACGCCCAACACGCUCACUCGGCAGUUCAAUAGACACAGAGCUGAAGAUGUCCUGCACGUAUGCAACCCUCCUGGCUCUCCUCACUGUGCUCCUUGCACUUUCCUUGUGUUCAGAGGCCGACUCAGCAGCUGUUCCCAGCAGCACACGCAGCGGUAAAGACCCACAAGGCCCACUGAAGUGGAUUUUCAUGAAGGAGGCCGAUGCUUCAAACUUCUUCAGAAGACGCAGCAGACGGGGCGUGAAGUCUCAAGAUGAGAUUAACGUUGAGCAGAGGAUGAUUUUGGCCGUGGAUGAACGGAGAAGAGAGUUUCACGAGGAGAAGAGGAAUGAGUUUGAGAGCAACGCUGAAGAGGAGCACGAUGAACAAAAUGAGAGGACCAGAGAAAGCACCGAGCAGUGGAGGGAGUUUCACUACGACGGGAUGCAUCCUCCCCACGAGUACAACCGUCACUCCAUCUGAGUCUUGGCGGGGGGGGGCAGGGCAGCAAGAGACAGGAUACCAUGAUACACAGGGAUGCAUUUUACCACAUACCCUGACAGCUGAGGCACCAUAGAGGCAUCAGCUACAGAAUGAAAUGUUUUAACCUGUUUUUAAGCCUUGUGUUGUUGACAUUGGCUUUACCUCCUCAUUGUUUGGGAUCCCCAACAAUGCUGUGUGUGUUCAAGUAAUAAUAAUUGAACAUUUUUUUCCAUUUAAAAAAAAACAAAAAAACUUUUGUCUUUUCUUCUAAAUAUCAAAAACCUCAAUAUACAGAGUAGUAUUGAAGUGGUAAUCCUUUGCUACAAAUUGUUGCUUCAACAUUUGAUGAAAGUGACAAAAUAGAGACAUAACCAUAUGGCAUUAUUAUUAUACCAAAUAAGUAAAUACUUUGUUUUAUAUGUGAUAGGCAAUACAUGAACAAAUAGUUAUUCCCUCAGUUUAAGGCUUCAGCUAACAAUUACUUUUUUUUGUAAAAUGUCAGAAAAUAGUUGAAAAAUGCCACAGUCACAAUUUUUUGUAUUAAUUAGAAUUUCAUGCUUGGUCCAACCAACAGCCCUAAAGCAAAGACAGUCAGUUAACUAGCAAUGUUUAGUGGAAUAAGAAAACAAGCAAAUAGUCACAUCUGAGAAGUUGGAACCAGUGAUUUAUUUAUUUUUUUGGCAUUUUUCCUCAAAAAUAAUUUAAAGUCAUUCACGGACAAAGAAAUGUACAACAUGUUCUCCUAAAUCGUGGAGUUACUUACGUUUUGGAUCAUUUAAAGCCCAUAAAUGUCCUCUUUAUAAAUGAGCUGUUAUAAAACUCCACUAUGAGGAAUCCAAAUAGACUUAUUUGGGAUUACAGAGGGGAAGUGCUGCUUGGAACGUACUGUCAACCACAGAUAUAGGCCACCAAAAAAUCCA